AUGUUUCUAGGGCCACAGUUCCCGCGUUGGUGGCGCCACAUCUUACUAAACCCCAGCUCAACCCAUUCGCCACACCAAAAAUCUAUGUACAAGUCCACAACAGACCCUCUCAAGACUCCGCCACCACACAUUUCAACGGUAACCUCAAUCACAAUUCCUGCGCCGGCAGUUACGCUCGUGAGGCUUCUUGUCACCAAGAAUGCCAAGCCUUGCUGGGGCAUGCUUCUUUGCUUGGACGACGACACCAAGGCGUCGACGUGGUGGCUCAAAGUGCUGUUGCCAACGGACCAGGAGAUGAAGCUGCUCAGCAAGGUCUUUGGAAUCCAUCCGCUGACCACCAAAGACAUCCUCAUGGAGGAGACCCGCAAAAAGAUUGAGCUGUUCCGCAACUACUAUCUUGUCUGUUUCUGCUUGUUUGACAAGGACCCCUACUCGCCAAUGUAUCUCAAGCCGCUCAACAUCUACAUCAUCCUCUUCCGCAAAGGCACGCUCUUGCCAAUCUAUAGCCAAAUGCUCAAUCAAAGCGGGCAAGAAGAUUCCAACUCACAAGUCCUCCCCAACCUCUUUGUAAAAAUCUUGUCAAGCUAUUCUGUGCUAGAAGUGCCCACAGGGUCAGAGAUCAAGCUUGAGAAGCUCGCCACAGUGUCCAAAAGGAUCUCAGUAGGCGCGGCGAGCUGGCGCCUGAGGUCCUGA